AUGGGGGCGAUUUCCACUACCGUCGUGCAUUUACCGCAAAACUCUCCACACCUCUCAGAUGAGUCAGAACUUUCCAAAACAAUAGCUUACUACCGCACCAUGUCUGAGCUUGGUCAAAGGCUGCACGGGAAGGGAGAGUACGAUGGUGCGCAAUUUCGUCUCCAAACGGCAGUUAUUAGAUUGAAGGAUGUUCUUGGCCCAACACAUGCUGACUCACUGGACGCUUCCUAUUGGCUUGGCCGGAAUGAAUAUGAACUUUGCCAAUAUGAAACCGCCGAGGGUUUGUUCAGAGAAGUCGCAAGUGGGCUGACCGAGACCCUGGGUAAAAGCGACCGGAAGACACUAAAUUGUUUGCGUGCAAUUGGACUCGCACUUUCCAAGCAAAAAAAUCACAAGGAAGCCAUGUCUUAUUUUGAAUCUGCAUUGGAAGGGUUGGUACCGAUAAGUGAUGCACAUGAUCAAGAUCUAGUGCAUGUUCUCUUUCAGAUUGGAUACAGCCUAUAUAAGCAAGGCAAUUUCAAAGAGGCCGAAAGAAUUCUCCAAGACGUGUUGGAAAGACGAGACGAACUUCCAGGACCGAUGGCUGAAGACACAAUCGAAUGCGUCUACUGGCUUGGGCGUGCUCUCUUUGAUCUGGAGAGGUACCGCGAAGCUGAACAAGCUUUUCGUCGGACUUUCACGAGACGACAAAAGAACACAGACAUGUCGACGAACUACUGGCUAGGUCUGGCCAUGUAUCAUCAAGAAAAGUACGAACAUGCCAUUCAAUUCCUCCACCGUGCAUUUUCAUUGCGAAAUACGACACUUGGAGAACAUGACCUGGACACAUUGUGCUCAUCUUACUGGCUUGGCCUGGCGUACAUUAAAAGAUCCAAAUACACUGAAGCAGAACCUCUCCUUCGCCAGGCACUGGAUGGGUCAAUAAAGCGGUUUGGAGAUUCAGAGCAAGAUACGCUCGAUUGUCUGUACUGGUAUGGACAGGUCCUCUUUUCACAGAAUAAGACCGAAGAAGAACAGUUUGUUUGGCAUCGGUUGGAGCGAGGAUAUAAAGCUUUCUUCCAUCUCAGAAUGCGCGCAAGUCCAAUGACGAUUGCGCGAUGGGUCAGAUCAUUGACACCACAAGAGAGAUUUCUAGGGGCAAAUCUGGGUUUCAGAGAAUGA